UAUAAAGAGGCGACCGGCAAAGCCCACUGUAAACUCAUUGAGUGCAGCGAAACAUGGAUGAAUCAAUCUUUGUUUCGCCAUGACAAGAGAAUUGAGUGCAAUCUAUUUAUAUGCAAUGUCCAGUGUUGGGUAGGCAAUGACUACCGCUCCAGGAGAAAGAGUACUAGAAGCCGACUUUUUGGCGAACAUGGCUUUCUUAAACAGCGACUCCACCGAACAAGAUUAUUUCUUGCAAGGGAAUACCACCACCAGCGUUCCCCCUUUGACAUCCUCUUUCUUCACCAUUCCAUUCGAGUUCAUCCAUGGAGAAGAAGAGGACAAUGCCUGUACUACUGCCCCAACUGUUCGUCCUCCUCUUUGCCCAACUGAAUCAUUCUGUAGUCGCAAUGGGAAACGAAAUGGUCAAUCGAUAAAAGAGAAGCUCUUUGUUGAAAUCGACUCUCAUUAUACGGACUUUGAAGACGAGUUUGCCGAUUCAUGUAGAUCUCUUUCUCCCAGAAGCAAUACUUCAUCCAAAAGACACAGAGCUACCCACGUUCACAAUUUGUGCGAAAAGGUUUUAUCUGUCAACUCUUAUGACCUUUAUAAAGUUAUCAUGACUGUAAGAGAUUUUGUUACGAAUGUUUAUUCAUUGGUUUGGAAGAGAAAGAGAUCUAAGUUUGAAGGUUUUGCUGGAAACCAGAGGCGAAGGAGCAGAAUCAAUGAGAAAAUGAAAGAUCUUCAACUUCUGAUUCCUAAUUCGAAGAAGACAGACAAAGCUUCCAUUCUUGACGAGGCAAUUUUGUACGUCAAACAGCUUCAACUUCAAGUACAAAUGCUUUCUGCUCCAAAUAUGAUGAACCCAUCACAUAUCUGCGUACCAAUGGGAAUCCCAUGCUUUCAGGUGCACCAGAUGUGCAUGAACAUGAAGAUGGGAUCCCAAUGGAGUAAUGGGUGCAUGACCGUGCACCGGGGAGUUCAAGCACAACCAGGACUAUGGUCUAAUGGAGGAAACAAAGAGUGUUUUCAUACAGUAGGUCUGCCAAUGUUUACAAAGGUUUCACAACGCAAUAAUGUAUGACAUGCAGGGAGCGUAAAUACUUCAGUGACCCAGUCUCUUGAAGCAACUCAUAUUCGCUAGCCCUAGCCUGUUUGCUUUCAGAAACAUUAUCAUGUAUUUUUGCUUGUAUUAGCAAUAGUCUCUUCCAAACAGCUAAAUUGGGAUGAUUUGUUCAUGAUCAGCUUUACUGGAAAACAAUAAAGUAUCACAGGUUUUACUCAUAAACAAGUGUCACAUGGUGAGUCGGUCUCAAAUGAAAAUAAAUUUACAUGUGAAGAGGAGCAUCUCAAGACUUGAACUCAAGAUCUCUUCAUAUUUGUGAU